GUGGGCGUAAAAUCCGUCUUCUUCCCAGUUCAUACAUGACUUCACGACAUACGUUGUACAAGUUGAGCCUCUUCAAACCGUGAAAUUUCCAGGCGCGGCCAGUCGACGAAGAUGACGGAAAGCUCGAACAAGCUGCUGAACGGGGACGCCUGUCACCGGACCGCAAAUGGUAAAAGGGCGAGUAAAAAUGGCUUUGUGAAGAACCACUGUGUGUUUGAACAGACACACAAGUAUCGUCACCCCAGGGAGAAGAACCAAAAUGUCCCACACAACCCCAGCUUGUACAAGAAACCCUUUGUGGAGUCCUUUGAGGAGACUCCUCUACUGGUCGCUGUACUCACCUACAUGGGUUAUGGCAUCCUCACCAUCUUCGGCUACCUCAGAGACUUCCUCCGCCACUGGAACAUCGAGAAAUGCCAUGUGGCUCGUGAGAGAGAGGAACAGAAGGAUUUUGUCCCCCUGUAUCAAGAUUUUGAGAACUUUUACACCAGGAACUUGUACAUGAGAAUCAGAGACAACUGGAACCGACCCAUCUGCAGUGUCCCUGGUGCCAAGAUGGACCUGGUAGAGAGGGUGUCUCAUGACUACAACUGGACCUUUGAGCACACAGGAAAAGUAGUGAAGGAUGUUAUUAACAUGGGUUCAUACAACUACCUUGGCUUUGCCGAGAACAUCGGAGCUUGUGCCGAAGCUGCUAUCGAGUCCACGAAAAUCUAUGGCGUCGGAGUUGGGGGCAGUCGCUGUGAGAUGGGAAACUUGGACAUCCACGAGGAAAUGGAGGAGCUGGUGGCCAGGUUUCUGGGUGUUGAGUCAUCCAUGGCUUUUGGCAUGGGUUUUGCCACCAACUCCAUGAACAUUCCUGCGCUCACUGGAAAGGGAUGUCUCAUCUUGAGCGAUGAGCUGAACCACGCGUCGCUGGUGCUGGGUGCUCGCCUGUCUGGCUCCACGAUUCGAGUCUUCAAACACAACAACAUGCAAAGCCUUGAGAAGCUGCUGAGAGACGCCAUUGUGCACGGGCAGCCUAGAACCCACCGGCCCUGGAAGAAAAUUCUCAUUGUUGUGGAGGGCAUAUACAGUAUGGAGGGGUCUAUCGUACGUCUGCCGGAGGUUAUUGCUCUGAAGAAGCGCUACAAGGCCUACCUGUACCUGGAUGAGGCUCACAGUAUUGGCGCACUGGGACCUAAUGGCAGAGGAGUGGUAGAUUACUUUGGCCUGGAUCCCAAAGACGUUGACAUUAUGAUGGGAACUUUCACCAAGAGCUUCGGUGCUGCUGGAGGAUACAUUGGAGGCAAAAAGGAGCUGAUUGACUACCUGCGACGCCAAUCUCAUAGUGCCCUGUAUGCCACCUCAAUGUCCCCCCCUGUGGCACAGCAGAUAAUCACGUCUAUGAAGAUCAUUAUGGGAGAGGAUGGGACCACAUUGGGUGCUGAUCGCCUCCGACAGCUUUCAGAGAACACCACCUACUUCCGUAGGAAGCUCCGCGAAAAUGGCUUCAUCAUCUAUGGCAAUGAUGACUCGCCUGUUGUACCCAUGAUGCUCUACAUGCCAGCCAAAAUCGGGGCCUUUGGUCGAGAGAUGCUGAAGAGGAACAUCGGCACAGUGGUGGUCGGCUUCCCAGCAACACCCAUCAUCGAGUCUAGAGCGCGCUUCUGUGUUUCAGCAGCUCAUACCAGAGAGAUGCUUGACAGGGCGUUGGGUGCCAUCAGCGAAGUGGGCGACCUGCUGCAACUGAAGUACUCCAGACGGGAACAACCGCUCCCCUCUCUUGGGUGGAUGUCUGAGGAGAGCCUUCUUCAGGACUGAGCCACGUCAUCCCUUCCUGUCACAUCAAGCCGUCUCUUCCCCUCACUUUACGUCUCAUGCCCCACAUCCCUCUUCUGCCCCACCAGUUCCUCUGAGCCAGCCUCUCCAUGCGACUUCCACAUGACUCUUCACAUAAGACUCCCGUGGACUCACAACGAGAACCAAAGUCUUAACAGGUUCACCCCAUUUUCAGAUCUGUGCAGUCUUCGACCUGCCCAGCGGAUUCACCCUGAUCCCGGGAGGACCAAAAUCACACACACAUGUGCGUGUCCAUUGUUUAAAAAAAAAAAAAAAAAGGUCUUUCAGUUUUUUUCUAACUUAUUGUGACUGCAUUUGUCUAACGUCAAGUCUUAUUCUGUGCGCACACUGAAUGUGUAUCUUAUUUGUGCAAUAAUAACAAUGUUGAGUUUCUUUGUAAUUCAAACAACCUAGAGCAAAGCAGACAGAGCUUUGUCUCAUGCACUUGGAAAUCUGAUCAUAGGCAUUGCUAUGAUGCACAUAAGAGGAAACAAAUGAUAUAUGUAAAUAUUAUUUAUCACAAAGUUGGUAGUACUGCCUUAGGGUGGCAUCCCAAACCUCAAAGAGAGAUACAUUAUUUCACAAGAGUGAGCAUGUGUUCUCCAUCUGAUUGCGUUUUUCCUAAUUACUUUUACUUGAAUAGAGAGUAUGAAAUACUGGGUUCUUUCCCUAACCAAAGGAUAUAUACAUAUAUAGAUAUAUCUCUAUAUAGAUAUGUAUGUAUGUACACUACCAGUCAAAAGUUCAGACACACUUUCUCAUUGAAUUGAAUGAGAAGGUGUGUCCAAACCUUUGACUGGUAGCGUAUGUAUAGAUAUAUUUUCUACCUUUUCUCUUAAAAUGCAAAACAGAUGUUCCAAAAAAAAACAUUUAACAGGGAAAGAAUUCCAGGGAGCAAGACUAAUUAAUAUAUUUUUUUUACUGCUUAUUUUCUAGAAAUAUUUUUCAGCCUUAUUUAGUGUUUACACCUGCACUCAAAGAAUUGAGCCUAGCGUCUUUAACAUUUCUAUAAGCUAAUGAGCUACAUAUGUGAUUUUUUUUUUCCCUCCCCCGUACAUUCUCACACAAGUGCUUUCAUGUGAAUCAGCGAUCUGUAUGAAUGACGAUGCCGCUCACAUAUUCAUCCGAUAUACAGACAGCUUUUAUUUAUUUAAAAUGUGUUUGUUAUCCGUUGGAUAUCUAUUUUUGUGAAAACUGAUUUGAAAGGCAGCUCAAAAUGUGCCCCAGUGGAAAGAGUGUAUGUUAACGGACUACUUUAGGUCUUUAUGUCUUAACUUCAGUGCAACACUACUGACAGGCAUUUACAUGCACAAAUGACGUAGUCACUGAAAUUUGCAAAAUUUGCCUUGUUGUUUUUUUUCCUCAUUAUUUAUCAUCUUUGAUCAUCCUCUGGAAUGGCAUUCCAUAUCAACCUGCUUUCAGUGUUGAAGAUUUUGUUUGAUUUUUUUUUUUUGUGUACAGUCUCCCUGAACAUGUAAGUCCAACAUGUGAGUGGUUUUGUGUGUAUCAUUUCACCUAUGUAAACUGGAGGCUGUGUCUAUGUAGCCAUUGUCUGGAAAUGUGACCUUUCCCACACAUGUUCAGUCAUGAAACUCAACACAAGUUUAGAGAUGUGUUUGUUAAUGAUUGUGGCAUUUUUAGCACAGCAUGACAACUAUUUGUUCUUUUACUGUACCUCCAGUGAUACAUUAGUCAUUCCAAUAUUGUUGUUCUGCCUAAAAUGCCUUGAAUAACAGCCCGGUGAUGCGUUUAAUAAAUAAAAUGUAAAAAUGUGGAACACGUGACUGUGAUCUGGAUGCAGUCUUCAGCAAUGCGCACUGACAUAAAGAAUUUUCUUCUCGUCAAAGUUUCCUCUCGAGCCGUCUGCAGCACCGUGCAGUAUGUUGACUCUCUACAUUUCUGUCUAUGGAGGCAAAAAUGUAAUUGCAAACAGCAACAUAGCUGCUUUUCUCAGCCAGGUUUCCCUCACCAAAGCUGCGCAUUUAACGUCUAAAGAGCUCAAUCAGAUGCAGAGUUUGCUUGCGACCCUUUGAUGCACUGUGGCAUUUCCCAGCCUGCCUGCGACAAAUACCUGUAAACAGGCCUGAGGUGGCCAAUGGAAACUUGCUUAUCGGUCGCUUUUGCCCUUGGAAUUGUGUUUGGGUUUCAGAUAAACCACUUAGAGGAGUUUGUAAGGCAGUGAUGUUUGUUGACCACGCUGUUGGAAACAGUGCUGCAAAGAUUAAAUCACUUUCUUUGUAUCAA